AUGUUCACGACAAGGCAACACCGUACCCCCUCCACUCUUCACAACCGAACCCCCACGUCCGAACACCGUCCCACCUGCUCACAGAAGCACCUCCCUGGGUUCGUGGAGAAGGCCGUCGAGUUCAAGGCCAAGGUAAUCGACGCCAUCGCGUGUGCUUCCGUGAACAACGCCUUUGUCAUGAAGGUCAUGAAGGCAUGGAAGGCGGAUCUGAAGAUCGGGGACGAGGUGCUUUUGUUGAGCGACGACAAUGGACGAUUCACUCGGGCGAUUGGUUGCCAGCUCGAUUUAAGCAACAAGCCGGCGGGCUUGUGGGUUCGAUCGAAGAGGUCCUGA